AUGGCUUCUUCAUCCAAGACUGUGAUCAUGGCUCUUCUCAUGAUUAUUAUAACAGUGUCAAUUGGACAAGCCACAGCAGCUCGUCGUCUUCAACAGGCUGGUGGUUUCCCUGGCGGUUUUCCUUCAUUCCCUAUGCCUACCACCCCAUUUCCUAGUACUCCAUCAGCUGGUGGUUUUCCAUCAUUCCCUAUGCCUACCACCCCAUUUCCUAGUACUCCAUCAGCUGGUGGUGGCUUGCCUAAUAUAUUUCCUCCAUUUCCACCAUCUUCAUUCCCCACUACCCCUGCACAGACCACUACUCCUUGA